AGGCGCAUUAGUCACUACGUUCCAAUAUCCCAAAGCCGGUUGCGUUCCGUCAUCAGGAAGAUUUUUCUAUAGUAAAAUAUCAGCUCACACACAGACACACACUGUUGAGUGAGAAAAGUGCGGUGUGGAUAAGAUGAUGAGGAGGUCAUUCGGUGGUGGCGGCAGAGGCAUGGGCGGAGGAGGAGGCGGCGGCAGCGGCAUGUUAAGAGCCGUUCAAAGAGCCGUCAGGACAGGUGGCACCGUUAGCGGUGCCGCCCAAGAGCCCUUCUCUCAUUCAACUACCACCGCCAAUACUACACGAACAGCAACAAGUACUACAAGCCACGCCUUCAACAACAAAGCAAAUACUACACUUUCGCUCUCCUCUUCAUCACCUUUAUCCACUCUCAAUAACCAGCUUCCUUUAUCUGCUACUGCUUUUGCGCCCGCUUGGGAUUCUUCUACUUAUAACACGGACGAAUCUGAAGACUGGGAAUGUUUAGAAGGAUGUGAAGAUGAAAGGGUGAAUAUUUUAUUUGAUGAUUGUAUUCUGGGUACUGUUCCAUCAACUGACGAGGUUCAUAAUGCAGUUUCUGCUCUUCAGCAGGUCCUUGAGCCAUCCUAUUUUUCGUAUUCCACCAACAACGGUCUCGGUUACAACUCAAAUGAGGAUAAAACAGAUGAACUUACUAGUUCAAUUAAUCUGAUGCGUGAAGUCUCUUCUAGUGGAUCCGUGUCUGAUUGGAUCGAACCAUCUAUGCAUAUUUGUAAUUCAAAACUGUUGCAGUCUUAUGGAGCUAACCGAGUAUUUGAUGCAUUCCACAUGCUGCAGACUGAACCUUCUAUUCAGAAAAUGGUUAUUUCACUAUCUUCCGACAAAGCAGUUUGGGAUGCUGUUUUGAAUAAUGAGGCGGUUCGGGAAAUCAGAGAUUCUCUAAAACAAGUUGAUGCAGCCGAUAAUGGCUUACCAGCUGAAAGUUCUGAGGAGGGUUUUGAUAAGUCUGAUGGGACAGUAGACAUAAUCAGUUGGAUUGUUGUAAACACUAAGGAAAAAGUGAUGGAGAUAGUUGAGAAGAUCAUAGAGUUUGUGAAUGAGUGGUUUCAGCCACCUGAAGAGGAGAAGGCAUCAGAAGGGAAUAAUGAUCCGUUUGAUGAAAAGCUGAGAACUUCCUUCUUCCUUUCCGUCGUAGUUUUGCUGAUUGUGGUUGUUGCUCGAGCACAAUGUGCGUAGUCAUCACAAUUUGACGACAUGACAGUUGGUAGCCCCCCGCUUUCCGUACUUUUGAAAGUUGGGGGGGUUAUAGUUUACCGUCUCUAUACUUGAGACAAGAAACCAAUACACGGUUUUUUCUUGUGUACAAAAGAAUAAAUGCUUUACUCUGAAUUUUUAUGCUUUUUUGUUCUGAAGGAUUUCUUCAAUUUUAUUGUUCUCA